CUGAAAAUUCUUCCUUCAGUAGGCUGCUCUCGAUUCCAUAACAUAAACGAAGCUUUCUUUGUCGUUUAGUGUAAACGUCUAUUGCGAUUUACCUGAAUGGAGGAAUAGAGUUAUUGAAUUGGUUUGAGAGAGGAAUCUCCGGACAGGAUUCUCGGGCCGUUGCCAUGGAUCUUGGGUUGUCGGUAAACUCUGACGGUAAUGAAGCAUUCCAGCUGCCAACACCAAAAGAAGAGGACAUUAAAGAAGAGGACUUUAAAGAAGAUGACUUUAAAGUAGAGGACCUUAAAGAAGAGCAGUAUGAUCAUAUGAUCACAUGUCAAGACGACGAGGAGGAGAAGCCGCUCACAGAGCUGCUCUGUAAAACUGAGUCUCUUGGCUCUAAUGAAGCAUCACAGACAACAGUGAAGUUUGAAGUGAAAUUAGAGGAUGAUGAAGAUGAAGAAGAAGACCAAGAGGAUUCUCUUCAGGGAGAUCACCCACCAGUAACACAACAGAAGAUCCAUGAGCAGAAUGAUGAACUCAACCUGCAGCUCAAAGGAAGACUGCACAACUGCACUGUCUGCAGGAAGAGUUUCACGGCCCUUACUGAACUCAAGAAACACCAGCAAACACACACUCUUGGUGUUGAUUUAAGCCAGAGCACUGGGAAAAGGCGUCAUAAAUGCGUCCAUUGUGGAAAAGCUUUUUCAUCAAGUUCACAUCUUAAAUCCCAUAUGCUGAUACACACUGGAGAGAAGCCUCAUGAAUGUACCCACUGUGGAAAAGCUUUUUCACAAAAUUCACAUCUUAAAUCCCAUAUGGUAAUACACACUGGAGAGAAGCCUCAUAAAUGUGUUCACUGUGGAAAAGAUUUCUUACAUGUUGCAUCUCUUAAAUACCAUAUUUUGACUCAUACUGGAGACAGGCCUCAUAAAUGUGUCCAGUGUGAAAAAGCUUUUUCACAAAGUUCACAUCUUAAAACCCAUAUGACAAUACACACUGGAGAGAAGCCUCAUACAUGUACCCAGUGUGGAAAAGCUUUUUCACAAAGGUCAGAUCUUAAAUCCCAUAUGGUAAUACACAAUGGAGAGAAGCCUCACACAUGUGUUCACUGCGGAAAAGCUUUUCCAUACCGAAUAUCUCUUAAAUACCAUAUUUUGACUCAUACUGGAGACAGGCCUCAUAAAUGUGUCCAGUGUGGAAAAGCUUUUCUACUAAGUUCACAUCUUAAAACCCAUAUGACAAUACACACCGGAGAGAAGCCUCAUACAUGUACCCAGUGCGGAAAAGCUUUUUCACGAAGUUCACAUCUUAAAACCCAUAUGAAAAUACACACUGGAGAGAAGCCUCAUAUAUGUUCCCAGUGUGGAAAAGCCUUCUCAACAAUGUCAAGUCUUAAAUCCCAUAUGUUGACACACACGGGAGAGAAGCCGCACACUUGUGUCCAGUGUGGAAGAGCUUUUUCAUUACAUUCAAAUCUUAAAUCCCAUAUGGCAAUACACACUGGAGAGAAGCCGCACACUUGUGUCCAGUGUGGAAGAGCUUUUUCAUUACUUUCACAUCUUAAAAGCCAUUUUUUAACUCACACGGGAGAGAAACCUCAUAAAUGUGUCGAUUGCGAAAGAGCUUUUGCACAUUUGUCUGCUCUUAAAUUACAUAUGCGAAAACAACACACUGAUGAGAAGCCUUAUAAAUGUAUCGAGUGUGGCGAAGCCUUCUCAAAAAUAUCAGAUCUUAGUUUUCAUAUAACGACGCACACUCAGAGGUUAAAUUGUGCAGAUCUGCCCACUUAGGUCGACAACACACCCUGCCAGAGUACGGCUCCGCCUCCUUCAGCGCCAAUUAUGGUCAUUCCACUAUUCAUCUGGCAAACACAUGGCACGAAUAAUUAGUAUGAUGUUAAUGUAAAUCAGGUUAUUAUAGGCCAAGUUGGGGUCUGUCAUUGUAGAUGCAUCUGUACAAUGUAGAUGUAUGUAUGUAUGUAUAUUCAGUUAUAGACUAAUGUUUUGAUGAAACUAUAACUUCUUUCAAUUCUUUAAUUACUUAAGACUGGUCCUAAGUCCUGUUGGUGCAACCCUCUCCUGGAGCACCACAACAACGUGUGUAUUUUGUGACUUAGUUCCAUGUACCAGUUGUGGAAGCUAUGACUUAACUACAUUAUUUGUAUGUGAUUGUAUGUGUAAUGAUUAUGACUAUUGUGUAAACCCUAUUGCAUUUAACUGAUAGUCUGUGUUACUUGUGCUUUCUGUCCAAAUAUGAUCCUAAGAGUCUGUUACUAAUAAUCAUUGUCAGCUUCUGCUUUAACUUGGUUUAAUUGGCUCAAUUUCAAUGUUGAUGAGUAGCCCAUACUCCAGUCUAGUCUUCCUGGGUAGUUCCGGGUCUAGUCUUCCUGGGUAGUUCCGGGUCUAGUCUUCCUGGGUACUUCCUGUGCAGUUUCAA